AUGUCUAUUGGACAGAGGCUUGUGCCAAAUGUUAUUGAUGAGUGGGCUAGAUGCCAUCCGGAUGAAAUAUGGGCAGCGUAUCCUUCAACUUUGGAAGCACUUGCCCAAGGCGACUUGAUAAACAUCACAUGGAAAACCCUUUCAAACUCCAUCAACCGAUUAGCAUGGUGGUUGACAGAGAGACUGGGACGUGAAGAGCGUCUAGAGACUCUGUGUUAUGUCGGCCCCUCAGACAUCCGCUAUUUCGUGUUUUCUGUUGCGGCCUGUAAGGCUGGGUUCAAGGCACUUUUCUCAUCACCCCGGAAUCAAAUUGCCGCCCACGUAUCGCUUUUAGAAAAGACACAAUGUCAUACUCUCAUUGGAGUUCGAAAUUCUCUCGUCAACAGCAUCCUCGAGAACACGUCUGUUCGAUUCCUGGAUAUUCCAUCCCUUGAAGACCUUCUCGAUGUCACUGAGGUCGCUCCAUACCCAUAUAACAAGAUAUACUCAGAAGUUGUUGGGGAACCUUUUCUGCUUCUGCAUACUUCAGGGUCGACAGGCCUACCCAAGCCGGUAACAAUCACGCAUGGUCUGAUGGCAUCCAAGGACGCUCAGCAGCUACUACCGCCUGUCUUUGGCAGAUACGUCACCUCACGGCAUUAUAGAGGCAUCAAAAUGUACACAGCUCUGCCGCCAUUCCAUGCUGCCGGCAUUGACUUCUUCGGCUUUUCCAUAUUCCAAGGAACAAAACUUAUCUUCGGCCCUCCGGACAAGAUCCCGACACUUGAAAUAGCACAGCUCAUACUUGAAAAAAAUCUGACGGAGGCUGCCGUAAUGCCACCGAUCAUCCUUGAAGAGGUGGCUGAAUCAAAAGCAGCACUAGAAAGAUUAUCUUCUUGGUCUAGUGUUUCAUUCGGAGGUGGUCCUUUGUCUGCCAAGUCAGGCAAUACUCUAUCCAAAUACACCAACGUCUACAAUCUCCUUGGAUCUACCGAGACUAACAAUCUACCUGAGCUCACUCCAGCAGACUCCGAAGACUGGCAAUACCAUGAAUUUCACCCUGCACUUGGUCUCGAAUUUCGCCAACAUUCUGGCAAUCUGUAUGAGCUGGUCUUCAUCCGGCAGCCCGAGGAUGGACUCUACUUUGCACCAUUCAGGACAUUCCCAGAGCUCCAGGAGUACCCUAUGAAGGAUCUUUACUCACCGCAUCCAACGAAGCAAGGUCUGUGGCUGUAUCAAGGUCGAGCAGACGACAUUGUGGUAUUGGCCAAUGGUGAAAAGUUCAACCCAAUCGAAGCUGAGCAGAUUAUCUCAUCCCAUCCUGAAGUCAAGGCGGCAAUCAUAGUCGGUGCUUCCAAAGAACAGCCGGCGGUCUUGAUCGAGCCCACACCGAAACUCGCCGAGCUUGACGAGAAGCAGAGAAAAGACUCUAUCUGGGAACUUGUCUCGAAAGCUAACGAAGUUCUGCCUGGCCAUGCAAAAGUUGAUCAAGCCCACACCAAGAUUUUGGAAAAUCCCGAAGCCUUCUUGAGAAGUACUAAGGGCACUGUGCAGAGAAGACCAACAGCUCAAAAACUCGAAGAAGAAAUCGAAAAGGUAUAUGAAGAUGCAGAGUCAAGUCCACUUGCACACGAUCUAGACUUUGACAAUAUGAAUGCUCUUUGUGUCGGCAUUGCCAAAACCUUGUCCGCAGUAGGGUUGCGCAAUGCUGAGCAGAUCAAACAGGACGAAAGUCUCUUCACUCAUGGCCUUGACUCGUUGCAGACUCUCAGACUUUCCAAAGCCUUUCAGUCGAGUCUGAACAAUGGAACAAGCAGCUCAGCGUUGAAGACGAUGAUAUACAACAACCCGACCAUCGACAAGAUCGCUCAAGCACUUACAAAGUACAAAAAUGGAGAAGGCGUGCAAAACCAGAGUUCAAAGCAUGCGGGAGCCGAGAUGAAAAGGAUUCUCAACGAGUGUCUGGAUUCUCUUGAGAGCGUUGGCACUUCAUCCAGUGGAACGUCUGCCCCGUCACGAGCGACGCACGUCUUACUGACAGGCUCAACUGGCGGAUUGGGCAGCUACGUCUUGGAUGUGCUUCUCAAGGAUCCAAACAUCACGGUGACCUGUCUCAACCGAGCAGGCUCUGACAGCGAAAAGCAAAAGAGGAUCAAUGCUGAAAAGGGCCUCAACAUCGACUUUACACGAGCCGAAUUUGAGCAGGUAGAUCUUGACAAGCCCUGUUUUGGACUGUCAGAAGAUACAUACAGAAGCCUGAGCGAGCGAGCUACACAUAUAAUCCACAAUGCCUGGUCUGUAAACUUCAACCUACCCGUCACAGCAUUUGAAGACCAGAUCUGGGGAUGUAGGAACUUGAUUGCCUUCUCGAUGGAAUGUGCGCACCAACCACAGAUUCAGUUCAUCUCUAGCGUUGGAGCAGCUAACCGGUGGUCUGAUAAGACCGAAGAGUGCGUGCCUGAGAAGAUGCUCGAGAAUCUGUCAUUCUCGGAAGGUAUGGGAUAUGCCCAGUCAAAGCAAGUGUCUGAGAUGCUUCUUGACUCCGCAAGCAAGAAGUACCAUGUGCCAUCCACGAUCUGCCGUGUCGGACAGAUCACUGGACCAGUAAAACAUCAACAAGGUCGUUGGAAUGACGCUGAGUGGUUCCCGAGCUUGAUCAAGACGUCCAUGUACCUAAGCGAACUUCCUGCCAGCCUUGGAUCAAUGGGCCGCAUGGACUGGAUUCCUGUCGACAUCCUCGCAAAAGCGGUCGUAGAGAUCUUGCUUGAGAACCCCGACAGAACAGACCGAGACACGCCAAUGGUUUCUGAUGAAAGAAAAACACAAUUUGUACAUCUCGUCAACCCUCACGAAGCCAAUUGGGAAGAUAUCCUGCCGCAUAUACAGAGCUCACUUGACAAGCAGUUACGAGUUGUUGCUUAUGAAGAAUGGCUCUCUGAUUUGCAAGCCUCUGCUGAUGGCGAGCAUACAGAGGCGAACCCUGCUGUCAAGUUACUUGACUUUUUCGAGGAGAAUAGGCAUGGCUUGAAGCCAAAGUUCUCAACAAUCAAUGCUCAAGAGAUGAGCGAGACAUUGGCAAGCCUUGAACCUGUCGAUGGUCAGUGGAUGGAGUUGUGGAUGAAGCAAUGGGGUCUGCGCGAUGCUGGACUUAGCUCUUGA